AUGGACCGGCCUGUUGGAGAGACCGUUGUUUUCAACCGCUCCCCUCUGUUGCAGCUCCUUCAAGGGACUCUGGGGAAGGAAGUUGACUUUCAAGCCCUGGAAGCUCUCCUUAUAAGCCGUCUCAUGCGGGAUUCCAAGUUCCGCUACAGCCCCAGGAUGGGAUUCGAAAUAGGCAUACAGCAAGACCAUGGUCGUCAGUGGUUUGCUUGUGCACCACCUGACGAGUUGGAGCGUCGCGUCUUCCCCGAAAGAUUCGCAGGCCCGGAACCUGCAUCCAGGCAAGGUCUGAUGCCUACCAAGAGGGCUCCGUAUCCAUGGUGGGUGGCCCAGUGUCUUCAUUAUGACCUUUCAUGUCCCUUGACGAGAGCCGACGCCAAGGCGCGGAUUGGGAGAUGCCUACUGGCGUCCACUUUGAAACAAUCGCCCAGACUGAGCGCUGUGGAGAGAGGGCUAAGGAGAAGCUUUCAAUCCCAGCAAUCCUUCCAGCAGCGACCAAGCGAAAGCAACAGUACGGACGAGCAGGGCAUGGCUGACCCCAGCAGUGGACAGCGUGAGAGCGAUUCGCGUAUUGAGAAAGACGGAGGACACUUGAGAGAUCAAGGAGGUUCACAAGAGGCGGAUGGAAUUGCGGUGCAGAUGCCACAAUUGUCUUCGCUUGCCCAAGCAAUAAACCGCGCAAUGACUCCAGAUCCGAAGGAUCAGACGACUGGAACAGUGGACAAUAUGACCUCCAUGUCCUCGGUAUCCGAUCUCAAUGAGGUUGACGUCCAGGGGAGCGACAAGCUGCUCGAGCAGCUCGGCGAGGACUACAUCGACGACGAUGCCAUGGAUAACGACGGUCCAGACUCGGAUGUAGCUGCGAUCCCUGAAGUGAAGAUAACGCGCUCAGCCACAGCCAGAUUUCAAGGAAUGGGCAGGAUCAUGGGCAAAAGCCGCGCCGCCCCAACUGGGUCUACUAUAAAGCCAACCGCAUCCCACAAACUGUCAACCGGAGACCGCACGGUGAGGAGGCCGAAAGUGCAGAAAUGUCUUCCCGUCAGUGCUCCAAAGCGCACCCAGGACCGAGGCGCAGGUGCAGCAGUGGCCAGAAUUCCACUUGCGUCUUCUACAAAGCGACCGCGGACCGCGGACAGGAUGGCUUCAUCGACAAUGUUGAAGGAAGCAGCUCCGCUCGGCGAUCCGGCGAGAGGCGGGAAGAAUGUGACUAAAGCAAAGUGCAGGCCCAAAACGAGGACAUUGACCGCCAAUGAGAACAGUACCAAUGCGGUUGAAUCAGGCCUUGAUAUACCCCGGUGUGCACGAGUCAGAUUGCCGACCAGAUCAGAAGGGCAACAAACCCCAGUUCGAAAAGCCCGGUUCGUGACCCUUGAUACAGAUCCAGACACCCCCAGGGCCGCACUAAAGUCAACAAAAGCCGUUGAAUGGAGCACCGCCGCCGCAUUCGCACCCCCAGCGUUCCCAACGGCUCUCAAAAAGCCGGAAGAAUCAUUAGCAGGACGCUGCACACAUUUGCAGAGAGAGGAAUCAAAAAGAAAGACGACAUUGACGGCAUGUCUACCUCCCCCAGACGAAGGGACUUGCAACUACGCGACGCAAGAUGCUACAGACUCAAGCUCUGAAAUCGCGGCCAAGCAACUCCAUUCGUCGAGACGCAGCGACAUCGUUCGAGGCGAAGCCGGCACAAACGACGUGCUAGCCGAGGCCUGUGAUCAGGAGCCGUGCAAGAGAAGCCACCAGCAGAAACAUGCCUCCCCCGCAUCAGCUUCAAGAGAACCAUCUGACUAUGCGGCCAAAGCAUCGAAGGAUUCGAGCCUCAAGCCGGUCGAUGCCGGUGUUCCCAGUGGGACGAGCAACAAACGGUCGCAUGCAAGAGCUUUUGGCGGCAACCAGCCCGCGACGGGACGGCCCCGUCUUAAACCAGACGAUCAGCGCCAGCACCAGGCUCAGGGCAGCGUCACAAGGCCCCGGAACGAGAGCGCGACGGUCAAAGCUUCGCCCAAGGUGGUUUACAUCCCAAACUAUUGGGAAAACAGUAGACCACACUACCCUCUGCUUGAACACGUCAUGGAUCGCGAUGGAAACUUGAAGAGACCUCCAUUCACCACCUCGGUGUCGAGCACGGCGACAUUGAGAAAUCAGAUCGGAGAUCCCUUUUCGCAACUGCCCAGACCCGGGCGGGCGCGGAGUGACGCGCAUCAUAAUACGAAUCGCAGAGGCAAGGGACACGAUCCCGGCCGGAAGGCGGCAAAGCCGGGCGCCAAAUGA